AUGUCGUCGGUUGUCGCACCCUUUGUGAGGUCGUGUGCCUCGUCCCUCCUGUCUCGGAGCACACGGCCCCUCCGACCGGCAUCAUGGACCCUCGGCAGCGCCACCCGGCCCCUCGCUGUGGCUCAGGCCCGGCACAGUUCGCAUUCCCCAAUGGGUUCGACGCCAACCAACCAACGCAAGAAGGUUACGCUGGGCACCAUACGGUCGCUGCACCGCAAGCAGGAGCCCAUCACCGUCAUGACGGCUCAUGACUUCCCAAGUGCACAUGUUGCCGACCAUGCCGGCAUGGAUGUCGUCCUCGUCGGUGACAGCUUAGCCAUGGUCGCACUUGGCAUGGAGGAUACCAGUGAAAUCUUGUUGGACGAAAUGAUCCUGCACUGCCGAUCCGUUGCGAGGGCCACUAAAUCAGCAUUUACUGUUGGUGAUUUGCCCAUGGGUAGUUAUGAGAUUUCUCCUGAGCAAGCCCUCGCUUCAGCUAUCCGCGUCAUCAAGGAAGGUCGUGUUCAGAGCGUCAAGCUUGAAGGCGGCAAGGAGAUGGCCUCAACCAUCCGCAAGAUUACCACCGCUGGCAUUCCCGUCCUUGGUCACAUCGGCUUGACGCCCCAGCGUCAAAAUGCCCUUGGGGGCUUUCGCGUUCAAGGGAAGACGAGCAGCAGUGCCUUGAGCAUCCUCGAGGAUGCUUUGGCUAUCCAGGAGGCAGGCUGCUUCGCCAUGGUCAUCGAGGCUGUCCCUGCUGAGGUCGCCGCUCUCAUCACCGAGAAGCUGUCCGUCCCGACCAUCGGCAUCGGUGCUGGCAACGGUUGCUCUGGCCAAGUUCUCGUGCAGAUAGACAUGACAGGUAACUUCCCUCCUGGCAGGUUCCUCCCCAAGUUCGUCAAGAAGUACGGCGAUGUCUGGGGUGAGAGCAUGAAGGCCAUCGAGGCGUACCGAGAUGAGGUCAAAAGCCGAGAGUAUCCUGCACCGGAGCACACCUAUCCGAUCUCUUCCGAGGAGCUUGAGACCUUUACCAAGGCGUUUCCAACCACCUCAUCCAACGACGGCGCAAACGCGCUGUUGACGUACAAGAACACGCUGUCUGAGUUUUUGCACCGUAGCUUGCGCCGCAGGUACCGCACCACCUCUUCGAACUUGCGCGCUGCGCUGAUCUUGCACACGUCCUGCGCGAGCGCCGGCGCCGAUCCGACGGGCUUGAAUUUGAUCACCACCUUGUCGACGGCAAAGCCGCCUACGCUGGCCAGCGCGGCACUCGCGUCUCGAGGCAGGUCCGCCAAGACGACGGAGGCAGACAUGGUCAGUAGCAGGUCUGGAGACUCGGCGCGGUCGGGCGUGUCGGUCUCGGCGUCGACGUCGACGGCCGGUGGGGAUGGGGACGAUCUGCCAUCUUGCGGUGGAGGAGAGUCCGACAUGGUUGCUCCGAGAAGCGAAACAGGGGGUGUUUUGGAAUAUGAGGCUCUGGCAGGUUUGAGUGUGUCGGUGUGAAGCCUGCGGAGUUUUCUUGAAUGAUAACGUGCAGAUGUGCUGAUGCAAG